CACUGGGCCUACAGAAAAAGGCUAGGACAGUCCCCUUGGAGGAGCCCCCCUCUGACGGAGUCACCAGCAAAGAGAAAGGAGGGCUCUCAGUGCCCAGCCUCAGGCCUGGGGCCCCUUCUGUGUCCAGCGGAGGUCGAUUCUUCCCCCGAAUCUCGCCUGUCCCCAGCACUAGCCGGAACCCGAGAGGGAGCUGGAUAUCCUGGGAGCUCCGGAGGCUCCUCCCAGCAGGUGUUUCCGCAGUUGCUGCUGCUGCCCCUCCCCUGGAGGCUUAUUAUUUACCUCCGGAGUUCAGACCCCACCCCCCACCCCGGGGGCAACUGAGGGGGCGGAUCCCGAUGGAAGCCCAGCCCCUUCCCCUCCUUAGUUAUCUGGGCUCUCUCCUCCCUCUCACCCCCCCAGGAAAAAGCAUACAGAUCCACACACAGACAGGUAUACAGACAGAUGAACGUCUCAGAAUGGGUAGGCCCUCUUCCAAGCCCCAGGGUCUCCCCCUGCUACUACUGUUGCUGUUCCUGCCAGGGCUGAGAGUGCUGAGUGCAGAGGCACCGUCCUUGUUCUACCAGCUCACUGCAGUGUCAGUUGCCCCUCAGGGGACCCCGAAGUUCUGGGCCUCAGGGUGGCUGGGUCCCCAGCUCUUCCUGACCUAUAACUCUGGUGGCAAUGCUGAGCCCUGGGGGGCCUGGCGCUGGGAGCCUCAGGAACCCUGGUUUUGGGAGAAGGAGACAUGGUACCUGAAAACCCAAGAACGGUUGCUGCAGGAAGCCUUGAGGCUCUCUAAGAAGCAGGGGGCCCACACUUUUCAGGGCCUGGUGGGCUGCCAACUGAAAACCGACAACUCAUCUCAACAUACUGCUCGAUAUGCCCUGGAUGGGGCGGACCUCUUGACCUUUGACCCUGUGCACAGAGUUUGGGUGGGAGACACUGUGGAGGCCCAGAAUGUGAAGAAAAACUGGGCCAAUGAGAGCCAGCGGGCAGAGAAGGACGCAGAAUUCCUGCUCAUCACCUGCCCCGAGAAACUCAAAAGUCACCUGGAGAAAGGCCGGGGCAACUUCCAGUGGAAAGAGGCCCCAGAGGUGCGAGUUGGAGGCCACGUCGGGCCAGGGUCCACCUGGUCCACUCUCACUUGCCAGGCCUUCUCCUUCUUCCCACCCGAACUGAAGUUGACCUUCCUUCGGGAGGGGAAGCCAGAGUCAGAGCACGCAAAGGGAGUGGAGCCAUGGCCCAACGGGGAUGGUGCCUUUCAUUCCCGGGGCACUCUGAUGGUCCCCUUUGGGGAUGAAGCGCUCUACAGCUGCAUGGUCCAACACCCUGCACUGGCCAGGGCCAUCACUGUGAACUUCGAGGCGUCUGGCGGACUACCCCUCCCCAUAAGAGUCAGCCUGGUGGCAGGCUCCUUGCUUUUCCUGGCGUCCCUGGUAGCCGUGGUGGCUUGGGUGGUGAUCUACCGGAAGAGAGAAGGACGCCCAGCUCCAUGGAUUUUCCGGCAGCGUGCAGCAGACGACGUGGGGUCCCUGCUCUCAGCCCCAGGCUCUGCCCAGGACUCCAGCCCCUAAGAGCUGGGUGUCCUGCCUGUCUGCUGCCGACCCCCCCACCCCCAACCCGGGGUUUAUGUACCUUUUCCGCCUUUGCUGGGGGUUGUGUCUGGGUGCUGUGUGAUGCCCGGAUGGAAUAUUUUCUUCUCGACCCUGCUUCCCGCCCCCUCCCCACCCCUGGCCCAUUCCAGGCAGCCCUCCUGGAUUUCACCUCUGACAGGACAGAAAUGUUGAUAUACUCUCCCAAACAAAACAAGAUAUUGUUGGGUCCAGGUC